ACAUUAUCACUAGUAGAGAAAUCGGAAAACAAGACGACCGAGCAGAAGAUGGCGACGGUGCAGGCGCGGCGGCAGCGCUUGAAGACCAAAAAACCAAAAUCCACCUCCUCCUCGGGAUCUCGACAACUGACUUCCGGCGAACAGUCUGCGGAGAGCAUGGACCUCACGGAGUCAGGUGAUGCGAGCGACGUGUUUGCUAUAAAGAAAGAUAGCUUUACCGAUGCUGAGAAACGUGGCUGGAAGAAGUAUCACCGCGAAUGUCACAUAUGCACUGAAGACAUGAUAAAAAAGUGGCGCGACCCAACCAUCCAAUGGAUUUGUGGCGCGUACCAGCGCGCGCGCAGGAGCUUCAAGAGCGCCUGCAUGAUGUACUACAGAAACUGCCAAGACGGGACCAUGUUUGUGGAGAUCUACAAAGGUAAAUGCAAAGACGACCUGCCGGGAGAUCCGCGGCCGCACGGGGACCACUUCUUCUACGAGUACCGCGUCGUGUUGACGGAGGAGAGCGGCACCAGUCUCUCCUCGGUCGAGCCCGACGACACCUACUGACAUCAUUUCAUGCUCGCUCUGUGAAAUAAAAACCCAUGCUGUUUUUUGUUU